AUGCCCACCAAGAAGAUCAAACGCACGACGACAAAGACGACGACGACGGUCCGAACGACCAAGUCGGUGAAAGUCUCGGCUGCCGCGAAGAAGAACCCGCUCUUCGUAUCGAGGCCCAAGAACUUCCGCAGAGGCGGUGACAUUCAGCCCAAGCGCGACCUGUCCCGCUUCGUGCGCUGGCCGCGAUAUGUGCGUAUCCAGCGUCAGCGUAAGAUCCUGUAUCAGCGCCUGAAAGUGCCGCCUUCGAUCAACCAGUUCUCGUACGCUCUGGACAAGAACGUUGCAACGGACUUGUUCAAGCUGCUGCUGAAGUACCAGCCAGAGACCAAGGCUGCCAAGACUUUGCGUCUGCGCAACAUUGCUGCUGGCAAGGAAGAGGCAUCGGCGCCGCCUAGCGUUGUAAAGUUUGGACUCAAUCACGUGACGACGCUGAUUGAGACCAAGCGAGCUAAGCUCGUGGUCAUUGCCCACGACGUGGACCCGAUCGAGCUAGUGGUGUUUUUGCCUGCUCUGUGCCGUCAGUUUGACAUCCCGUACUGCAUCAUCAAGGGCAAAGCUCGUCUGGGUCAGCUUGUGCACCAGAAGAACGCCGCCGCCGUGGCGCUCACACACGUGAACAAGGAGGACAAGGCGAAGUUUGACUCGCUCGCUGGAGUGGUGCGUGCAAAGUACAACGACGACUCGACCUCGCGUCGUAAGUGGGGCGGAGGUAUCAUGGGGCUCAAGACCCAGAAGAAGCUGGAGCUGCGCGAGAAGGCGAUCGCUGCUGAGGCGGCCAAGAAGGCGCAGUACUAG